UUGUCUAUAAAGGGGGCGUGUCGUCGCUAUGGAAACACUGCGUGUGCUGAGCUGCGCGCCACUGUAGUGCCCGCCACCGACAGGGGUAUGUGUGUCCAGAAAGUAAACUGGAUUGAUGCACCAUGUCAAGCAGACAGCUGCACUUAUCAGUCGUGAAUCCGCCUCCGCCAGAAUACAUUAAUCGCAAGAAGACCGGGCGUCUGACUACCCAGCUUCAGUACCUGGAGAAGGUGGUGUUGAAGACAUUAUGGAAACACAAUUUUUCCUGGCCAUUCCAACAGCCUGUAGAUGCUGCAAAGUUGAACCUCCCUGAUUAUUAUCAAAUUAUAAAGAAUCCAAUGGAUCUGAGUACAAUAAGAAAGAGGCUGGAAUAUAAUUAUUACCCAAGGGCUGUGGACUGCACGCAGGAUUUCAAUGCCAUGUUCACCAAUUGCUAUAUUUACAAUAAGCCUGGAGAUGAUAUUGUCUUAAUGGCUCAAGAACUGGAAAAAGUGUUUUUGCAGAAAAUUGCCGACAUGCCCCAUGAAGAAAUUGAAUUGUCUGUUGUCGGAAACAGAAGUGUUAAGAAGAAGAUGCGCACAUCGUCUGAAGGAGGUAAUCAGUCAAAAGACGAUAUGGAGCAGACAUCUAUUCCAAAGAGAAAAGUGCCUUCUCAAAAAAUGCACAGGAAUCCAUUUCCACGGCCAGUUAUUGCAAUGAUGCCUCAGAGAACCACCCUUGUUCCAUUAUCUAUCAUUCGGACUACACCCAAGACUGCACCCACCAGCCCUCCAUCCAAAGCCAAGAAGGGUAUAAAACGGAAGGCAGAUACUACAACUCCUGCUGUGUCUCUGAUUUCAACCUCCCGUGAAUACACACCUUCUCUACCCGGACCAAGACAAACCCAGGAAGCCUCAAGUUCAGAAAUACCCCCGGCUGACACAUCAGUCAGAGAUCUUCCUGACUCUCAGCAUCAAGUUCAAGCAAUUAUUCAUAGUUCACUAUCAGAGCAGCUGAAACACUGUCAUAAUAUACUUAAUGAGAUGAUGUCUAAAAGACAUGCUAGCUAUGCCUGGCCUUUCUACAAGCCUGUCGAUACUGCAUGCCUCAACUUUCCUGGCUUUAGUGACAUUAUAAACUGUCCAAUAGAUCUGGGAACCAUCAGAGAUAAAAUGGAGAACGGGCAGUACAAAGACACCCGAGAAUUUGCCUCUGAUGUUCGGUUAAUGUUCAUGAGUUGUUACAAACAAAAUGCGCCUGACAGCGAAGUGGUGAACAUGGCACGAAAGCUGCAGGAUGUAUUUGAGAUGCUGUUUGCUAAAAUCCCAGAUGAACCUGUUGAUGCUUCUGUAGACCCGCCAAAUGUGGUAACCAGAUACAAGUCCACUUCCAGUGAGAGCAGCAGUCCAAGCUCCUCGGAGAGCUCUUCAGAGUCGGAAGAUGAUAGAGCUCGACAGCUUGCCUUGUUACAAGAUCAGCUGAGAGUUGUACACGAACAACUCAAAGUCUUGACAGAAGGCGUGACCUCCAAACCCAAGAACAAGAAAUCCAAAAAGGAAAAGAAAAAGAAGAAAAUGAAGGAGAAGAAAAAGAAGCUGAAAAAGAAAAUUAGUCUAAAUCAGAAGAAGAAGAAAUUGAAACAGAAAGCACUGAAGAGGAAAUCUGUGCUCAACGAUUCCAAGAAAAAGAAAAAGAAGCUGCCAGUAUCUGAUGAUGAAGAUCAGGCCAAGCCUAUGACUUAUGAUGAAAAGAGGCAGUUGAGUUUGGACAUCAACAAACUGCCCGGGGAUAAGCUUGGUCGCAUAGUCCAUAUCAUUCAGUCCAGAGAGCCGUCAUUGAAAGACUCUGAUCCUAAUGAAAUUGAAAUUGAUUUUGAGACACUAAAGCCGUCAACCUUGAGGCACUUAGAACGAUACGUGAUGAUUAGCCUUCGAAAGAGACCCAAAAAAACAAAUGCCGAAAAGCCCUCAAAAUCAAAAGAUCAGCUAAAUAAAGAGAAGAAACUGGAACUGGAGAAAAGACUUCAAGAUGUCAGCGGGCAAUUGAACUCCGCCAAAAAACGUAGAAUUGCAGAUGAGGCCACAUCAGUCACGCAGUCAAUCGGUGGUCCAAAACGUUUGAGUGAGAGCAGCAGCAGUUCCUCUUCCACUUCGGAGAGCAGCAGUGAUUCCAGUUCUUCAGACAGCAGUGACUCUGACUCAGAAACCCAGGACCGAAAUAAGAAUGCCCCCCCUGCAAAGCAAGAGCAGGUAAUUCCAAGUGCAGUGUCCAGAGAUUUCAUCGUCUCUCAGCCUUCCCUUUCAAAAGACUGUCCACAGUCCACACAAGCCCCCUCAGUCAGCAAUCCAUGCACACUGACGGUUACAGAUAGACAUCAAGACAGUAUUCACUUGUCGCCUCUAGGAGAAGAAUUUAGCAGAAUAAAACUUCAUAUUCAGAAACUCACUGCAAAAGCUAUAAAGAAGUUGUUGUCCCCAAUCUUGUCUCCCAUGUGUGAGACCAUUGCUCCAACUAAGAAAGAAACGCCAAAUUUCUGUACUACAAAGACUGAGAAUACUGAACCCGAGGCUUCAUUGAUUUCUAAGAAAGAGGAAUGUCUUGGGAUUAAAGACACAGUUGAUAACCCUGAAAGAUCUAUUGAAUGUAAAAAUGACCCUGGGGAAAUCCUUCCUAAACCUGAAGAUCCAGUUACAGAAUCAAAUGAGUUUCAGAAAACAGCUAUAGAACAAAGUCCGACAGAAAAUGGUACUGAGUAUAAUCAGGGGGAUAAUAUUAUGAAGACCCCACCGGAAAAGACUGUCAAAGUCCAAAGAUCCUGCUGGGUGACAUUUUCCAAAGCUCUCAAUACCACUCCUGUGACCAUAAAGACUUCAAGUGACAGCUUCCAGCAGUUCAGAAAAGCUGCAAUAGCCAAAGAAGAACGAGAGAGAGCGCUGAAAGCUCAAGAAUUAAAGAGACAGCAAGAACUGCAGGCUGAUAGAGGAGACAAACUAAGUAGCAGUACGUCCUCUGAGACACACAAUCCCGAAGUCCAACCUCUAAUUAUGCAAGAGCUGUCUAAAGAUCUCCAUACACCUAUGAUUAUCACCCCAGAGGGCCGAACUGAGGAAGAACGUGACCUGGCAAGGAAGAAGGAGCAAGAAAGGCGCCGAAGGGAGACUAUGGCUGGAACUAUUGACAUGUAUCUGCAGAGUGAUAUUAUGGCAGAUUUUGAAGAAAAUCUAUGCUGA